AUGUUUGCUCUUUCUACACUCCCUGCUCCAGUGGCUGCUUGUCUGGAUGCUAUAACGCAAAAGUCAACCCAUGAUUUUGUAGCCAGCUUCUCCGAAAAUAUCGUGUUCAACGAUGAAGGAACAUUCCAGUCAGGCAUUGAAGCUCUCAGAAAAUGGCACGACGAUGGCGUCGUGGGCCACGGUGCCACAAUUGACAUCCAGAGCGGAGUGACCCUCGGAGAACAUACAAUCAUACACUUGAUCAUGGACGGAGAUUUUGAAGCAGAUUACAACAUCACGGAUCCAUUCCCUCUCUACUUCGACUUCACCCUCACAGACAACCUCAUCACCGCCCUCACCAUCACAUCCCACAACCCAAUCAUGAACACCGUCUCGAUCUCCAAACCAAAUGAUCAAGACCCAAUCUCAGCAAUCCAUCUCUCCCAACGACCACAGAAGCCGGUCCCAGAAGGCUGGCUCAAAGUCAAGCUCCAAGCCGUCGGGCUCAACUACCACGACAUCUUCACCAUGCGCGGCUUCAUCUCACAGCCCCUCACCCAACCUCUCAUCCUCGGAUGCGAAGGCACGGGUACACUUCCCGACGGCACUGAAGUCCUCAUCUUCCCUCUCAUGGGCGAUGCAGAUUUCAAAGGCGACGAGACACUCGAUCCUCAACGACAUGUCUUCAGUGAGAAAGUCAACGGCACUUUGGCUGAGUACGUGAAUGUCCCGAAACGCAAUGUCGUGAUUAAGCCGAAGGAGAUGGGCACGGAAGCUGCUGCUGUGAUGGGUAUUGCGUGGCUGACGGCUUACCGUAUGCUGUUUACUAAGUCUGGAUUGAGGGCUGGACAGACGAUGUUGGUCCAAGGCUCAUCUGGAGGCGUCACUACGGCGUUGAUUCAGCUUGGGUCCGCGGCUGGUAUGAGGGUUUGGUGUACUGGUCGAACAGCCGCCAAGCGAGAACUAGGAUUGAAGCUUGGAGCUGAGAAAGCUUUUGAGUCGGGCGAGACACUACCUGAGAAGGUGGAUGCGGUAUUUGAUACAAGCGGUGAGGUGACUUGGAAGCACAGUAUCAACUCUGUAAAGAGUGGCGGUACUGUUGUUACAUGCGGUGGCCACUCUGGAAUGUCCGUUCCUAUGGAAUUAUCGCAUGUUUUCGUUGAGCAAUUGACCGUCAAGGGAGCGUACCUGGGCACGUUGGAAGAGUACAAGGAUUUGAUUGCCUUUGUGGUGGCCAAGUCUAUCAAGCCGCAUAUUGGGAUUGUUUUGCCCAUGGCGCAGACGGCUGAGGGUUUUCAAAUGAUGAUUGAAGGGAAGACAGACGGGAAGGUCGUUGUCAGAAUGUGA